UUUCCAUAGCAUGAAACACGUCAAUCCAAAACCCACUUUUCCCAAACAACAGAACUGCAACACUCUUCUAGAGUACUCCAUCUUCUGAAUACCUACGCCAACUUGGCAGGUGAAACGGGCGUCGAAAAGAGUGUUGCAAUUGUGAUGUUCAGCAGCAAUGCUUGUUGUGGAUAUUUAUGAAAAUCUGUGAACUACUAAAAAAGUGUUUUUCAUUCCUUUUUUUUUUUAGAAUCAACAAUGUCGUUAUCAGAAGAGUAGACCGGUGCCCUGCCAAAUGGCCUGAAUAUGAAACCUGCGCUAAGAUAACCUUCGGAAUUCCAAUCGUUCUGGAGAACAAUGCUGUUUCAAUGUGGAAAGGCUACCAGCUUAACGAGUUUCAUUUGAAAAUCAUGUGGGACAGAUAUCAUAAAAAAUACAUUGAUAACGAUUUCGUUCCUUUCGUUAUACCAAACGUCUUCAAGUGGGUUAAAUGGGAAAUCAUUGUUUUUUGCGGAAUAACAGUGGCCAUUAUGUUGCUCCUGCUGGUCUUGAAGCAUAUCUAUGUAAAAUAUACCAGGAGAAGUAAGGAAGAUGACACUGAAGAGAUAAUAUCAUCAUCAAACGACGAUUACGGAGUAUCUUUAACCCCGCAUCCCUUACAGGAAUAUCCUCCAAUCUUUGAAAUGACUUACCAGGACAUAUCUCUAGAUCCGCCAUCGUUCAUGCGCAGUAAAGACGAAAGGGACGAUUUGCUGUCACAAGAUGAAAAAGAAACUUUGUCCAAAAUAGAUCUUGUAGAGGAAAGUUUAGGAGAAUCUGGAGCUUGAUGUUGCCAGAAGGAAAGUAUGUCCAUACUACAAAUUGUUACGCCCAAUUAAUUCAUCCGUUUAUGUUAGUGAUUGAAAUACAAUGAUGUUAUUUAUUUAUUCCUGUAAAAAUAUAUUUUAUGUACACAUAGGUAUAGAAGUUUAAAAAGAUAUUAAUGAAGA